UGCAGAAGGUUGGGAAUUAUAGAAGUUGAUUAUUUUGGACUGCAGUUCACUGGCAGCAAAGGGGAGAAUCUGUGGCUGAAUUUGAGGAACAGGAUCUCCCAGCAGAUGGAUGGUUUAGCUCCGUAUCGAUUUAAGUUAAGAGUCAAGUUUUUUGUAGAGCCGCAUCUUAUCUUACAAGAACAGACAAGGCAUAUGUUUUUCUUGCAUAUAAAAGAAGAUCUUCUCGCUGGUAAUCUUCAGUGUUCUUCAGAGCAUGCAAUUGAGCUUAGUGCAUUGUUGGCACAGAUGAAGUUUGGAGAUUAUAACCAGAACACUGCCAAGUACAAUUAUGAAGAGUUGUGUGCAAAAGAGCUCACCACUACCAUUUUGGAGAGCAUUAUUGCAAAGCACAAGGAGCUAGAAGGUCUAAGUCAAGCUUCUGCUGAAUACCAGAUUCUACAGAUUGUUACAACGCUGGAGAACUAUGGGGUAGAGUGGCACUCAGUGAGAGACAGUGAAGGGCAAAAACUCCUUAUUGGUGUUGGACCUGAAGGCAUAUCCAUUUGUAAAGAUGACUUGAGUCCUAUCAACAGGAUUGCUUAUCCUGUUGUUCAAAUGGCGACUCAGUCUGGGAAGAAUGUAUAUCUGACUGUUACCAAGGAGUCUGGUAAUAGUGUAGUUUUGUUGUUUAAGAUGAUCAGUACAAGGGCAGCAAGUGGACUCUAUAGAGCAAUUACAGAGACGCAUGCGUUUUACAGGUGUGACACUGUCACCAGUGCUGUCAUGAUGCAGUAUAGUCGAGACUUAAAGGGCCACCUGGCAUCUCUAUUCCUGAAUGAAAACAUUAAUCUUGGUAAAAAAUACGUCUUUGACAUUAAAAGAACAUCAAAAGAAGUUUAUGAUCAUGCAAGGCGAGCUCUUUAUAAUGCUGGCAUUGUGGAUCUUGUGUCAAGAAGUGACCAAACCCCACCAAGUUCCCCCCUUAAGUCUUCGGAAAGCAGCAUGAACUGUGACAAUUGUGAGGGUCUUAGCUGCCAACAAACAAAAGCUCUGCAAGAGAAGCUGCGGAAGCUAAAGGAGUCCAUGCUUUGUAUGGUGUGUUGUGAAGAAGAAAUAAAUUCGACCUUUUGUCCCUGUGGCCACACAGUAUGCUGCAAGACCUGUGCUGCCCAAUUACAGUCGUGUCCUGUUUGCAGAUCUCGUGUAGAGCAUGUCCAGCAUGUGUACUUGCCCACCCACACCAGUCUUCUCAAUCUGACUGUGAUAUGAUCUACGUGUACACUUUAAACCCAUCAUGUACUUUUUAAACUGCACUAAUACGAAAUGCAACCAUUGAUUGUGAAGAAGGCAAUCGCUCUGGCACCUAUCUAGGAUCAGAAGCAAAAAUACUGCAUUUUUGAACAUAAACAUUCUUUGUUCAGCAUGUCCAAAAUGGUUUGGGACAUCUUUUGAGAGCAGAAGUGUAAUCAAUUCAUGUUACUUAAAAGGAGAAUGAUGCAUAAGCUUGUAGCAUGGUGGCGUUGCCAAAAAGCUAGGUGACCCUGGAGAAAUGUGGUGUACACAUAUUGAUAUACCCAGCAAGAGCAACGCAGCCUUUUGUUUUACACUCUCUAAAUCCUUUUUAGUACGGUCACUCCAUUUAUUUUAAUAGCAAGACUAGCUUUUACAAAUAUCAGUUUAGUAUGGCUCAUAGUUUCUGCUUUUAGUAAAUUGCUUUAA